AUGACCGAGGACAAGGACGGUAACAAGCAGAGCACUGGCAACGAGCCCCAUCAAUAUCAAGCAGGCUCCAGCACAGAGCGCAAGGAGGAUGAGUGGAAACUCCGAGCGCCAUACCGGAUACACGACAAGGCCGAAAAUUUCGAUGUCAAGUGGAGAGGGAAAUGCCACUGCGGUGCCGUUCAGUACGAGCUGAGUCGCGAGAAGCCGCUGGCCUCCAAGUACUGCCAUUGCACAACCUGCCAGCGGAUGCACGGGGCUCCUUUCCAAUGGGCCGCCAUUUUCCACAAGGAGGACAUCAACUUCACCAAAGGCCACCACGAUCUCGGCUGGUACGACCCCACCGCCAAGUCACAGACGCACCACCUGCCGUGCAAAGUUCAGUGCGCCUACUGCCGGUCGCCCAUCAUGGACGAGGGGAGGAAUAUGAUCCUCCUCUUUCCCACGCUCAUCGAGGGCAUCAACACCCCCGAGGGCAGAAAGGCGUUUGAGGUGCAGUCCCACAUGUUUUACCCCCAGCGUGUGGUGGACAUCAAGGAUGGGAAGCCCAAAUUCAAGGGGCUGGCGGAUGAGAGUCCACUGGUGGAUGAGGAGACGGGCGAGGAAAUCCCGGAGAGUGAACCCAAGAAGGAUAAGGACAGCUGA